GUUCACUCCUCGACAGCGUAAGCUAACAGUACGAUCUCGAAAACGUGACUUUAGUCGAGUUUAAUUGAUUUUAAGUUGUAUUUUAAAUGUUACAUGCUCCUAGUGAAGUCCGCUUAAGCUGUUAAUAUAAGUUUCUAUUAUUUUUUAUUUGCUGUAUCUGAGUUUAAGCUCAAACAUUACAGGAGAGUGCACGCUAGCCAACAUGCUAACAGGUGUUUACAUGACAUUUGUGACCAAAGAGAGCUGAGACAAGAGAUGCUGCUGUUCUCUGGACUCUGACAGGUGUUAUAGUGAGAAUGGAGCCCCAGGAGGACGAGGCCAUGGUGCUGGAGCUGAAGAGGCAGGUUGAGGAUGAAGACCUGAACCUGGAGCAGAGAGUCAGCCUGCUGAACUCUGGAUUAAACAAGGUCUUAAACACAGCAGCCGUGCAGACAGACAGCAGGAGGUUGACUCAUGUGAAGUCUCAGCUGUAUCUGAGCGGCGUCCUGAGUCACUGCGUCCUCGUUCUGUCUCAGGAUCCCAGGAAGCUUCGGGGAAACUGGAGCGCUGCGACCACGCUGGCCCAGCUCAUCAGCUCCUGCUGUGUGGGGGCGGAGCCAGGCAGACGAGCAGAGGCCUUUCAUAGGCUGUUUCUGCCAUCAGUGAUGGACGGCCUCCUGUCAUUGGCCGGUGAGCUGAUGAGGCGGGACGAGGGCGUGUCUCUCCUCAGGAAGGUGCUGGACUCGGUGGGCUGGUUGCUCAGAGCUCACCCUCGGCUCACAGCUCAGGUUCUAAGCUCCGCCCACUACGAGCAGAUCCAGAUGUGUGAUGAUGUCACCGUGUCUCUGUUGUGUGUGCAGCUGUGGAUUCAAACCUGCUCAGCCAGCAGGGACUUCCUCUCCAGGCUGAGUGACAGCUCCGUCAUGCUGCUGCUGAACGAGGCCGUCGGUCAGUUAGCCGUCAGCCCUGAUGCCGCGGUGGGCGGAGCCUCUGUCAGACUGAUCCUCCUCAUGGCCAAUCAGCAGGAGCAGCGGGUCCAGCCCCUCCUCCUCAGCUUCAGAGGUCUGGACAGCCUUCUGGACAAAGACUGGAAGGGGCGGGGUUUCGACCAGGACGUGGAUCAGCUGAUCGCUCUCCUCCAAUCAGACAGGGGAAGGAGGAGUCAGUCUCAGGCUGAUACUGAGCGUGUGCGGGCAGCAUGCGUGAUCCAGGCGGCCUGGAGGUCGUAUCGGACCAGACGCCGAGUCAAGAGCCUCAACAGAGCUGUGAGCACGCUGCAGAGGAGAUACAGGGCUCGGAGGAGACAGCAGCAGCAGCAGAGGGAGGCUCAGCAGUGGGAGGAGGAGUUAAAGUAUCAGGUGUGUUUGAGGCGACAGCAGGCAAGGAGGAAGUUCCACCAGAAACAGAGACAACUACUGCAGCUGCUGCCAGCAGACCAGGUGCAGCCGUACCUGCAGGAGUGUGAGCGUCGUGCAGCCGUUGUGAUCCAGAGCUCCUGGAGAGGCUUCAGAGAGCGGAGACGCUACAACGACACGCAGCGACACACACUGAGACACACGCACACCCGGACCAGGGCGGCCAGGACCCUGCAGAGAGCGGUUCGCCACUUCCUGCAGAAGCGGCAUGCAGCUAGAGCUCCUCCCAUCCCGCCUUUCUGGAUUGGUCAGAAAGGUUUGACGGACAGCAGGAGGGUGGAGCUGAAGAGACAGGUGGAGGAGUACAUCUCACUCCAUCCUACGUCCCGUGCGUCCUCUCAGGAGUGUAAGCGUCUCCACGAGGAGGUGCAGCUGCUGAUUCUGUCGGAGCUGCAGCGGGGGGAGGAGGAGCGGAGGGCAGAGCAGCGGAUGGAGGCUCUGCUGGCUCACACACACACGCAGCUGGAGCUGCUCAGAGAUGCUCCGCCCCUUUCCGUUGUCACAGCAACAGACGCCGAGUCCUUCCUGAGCCCCUCUGGACCCGUCGCCACUCGGGCCCGCGACGCCCACAAUGCAGUGCUGCAGGCGAGCCGGCUGCCGUGGUGGAGAACGCUGGGAGAGACCGCCGGUGUCGACAAGUUUAACCACGCCCACCUGCAGGAUCUGGAGGCGGAGCUUGGAGGACUGUUCGUUGGAGGGUCGACGGGGGUCGCCGAACUCUCUGAGGUGGAUGGACUUGACCUUUGACCUGAGGACUUUUAAACAGACUGAUCCGAGUUCAGGUUUGGAUUCUGUUUUGAGCUUAAAGAGCGAGUCAGAGACAAAAAUCAGGAAACACAACGCAGCACAUCAGAGCUGAGCAGACACAAAUGUAAAGUCUUCACUUUUCUAAUAAAGUUUAUAAAUUUAGAA